GCAUAAAAUUAAAGGCAACCCCAGUUCCAUACUUCCAUGUCCGAUCCUACACUCCUUCUCCCUCCAUCACCCCAGUCCACUCUCUAGUCUCCCCAUUUUCGUAGGGGACCCCUGCCCCGCAUUUGCAACCAUAAACAUAACCUUCACUAAUGACCGUUAAUACACGUUGUGGCCGUCUCCGGAAUUGCCUGUGACCCAUCUUGAGUCUUGGCCCAGAUGAUGUUUUAUCACCUCCAAACCUGGUUGUCGUCUCCUGAUCUUCUUGGAGUUGGGCUUUCCUCAACGAAAUUUCGACACCCAUUUGCGUUUUACUCGUUGUAAUUCUCAAUCAGAUCUCGGUUCUCUGUAAAGAUAUUUAUUGCAGGGAAAGGGAUCUUCUUUUUGAACAACUGGUUUUGUUCCUUUGAAUGUGGGGAUACAUGAGAGUCAAGGCCUGUCAAAUCUCAAAUGUUGCUCUGGGUUGGGGAUGUGAAAAAAGCUAUCAAUGUGGCCUGAAUUCGAGAGUUUGAAUGGAUGUAUGUGAACCAGAGAAGCACGCAGCAGUGGAUACCCCAAGACCUCCCUUGGCUCCAGCUGAAAGGAACAAUGCAGUCACUACACGGCGCCCUCGAACGAGGGAGGUUAGUUCUAGGUACAAAUCUCCUUCUCCUUCAACCCCUUCAAAUACCAGGCGUAGCGCCUCUCCUAGCCUCACCAGAACAGUGCCUUCGAAUUCCCAAUUGGUGCCAAAGAGAGCCGUAUCAGCCGAAAGGAAGCGGCCCUCCACACCACCCUCACCGCAGAGGCCGCGGACGCCAAUACGUGAUUCGUCUGUAGAUUCCCAAUUGUCAUCACGAAGGAUGUCAAUGGGUGGUGGCCGGUUACCUGAGAGCUUGCGGCCCUCCACACCACCCUCACCGCAGAGGCCGCGGACGCCAAUUCGUGAUUCGUCUGUAGAUUCCCAAUUGUCAUCACGAAGGAUGUCAAUUGGUGGUGGCCGGUUACCUGAGAGCUUAUGGCCCUCCACAAUGCGAAGUCUUAGUGUUUCCUUCCAGUCUGAUAUCAUAUCUAUUCCUGUCAGCAAGAAGGAAAAACCAGUUAAUAGUGCUUCCUCAGAUCGCACUUUGAGGCCAUCUUCAAAUGUAGGGCAUAAGCAGGCUGAAAAACCUUCCCGGGCACUUAAGCUUACUCCAGAUAGAAAGAGGAGUCCUCUUAAAGGGAGAAAUUCACAUGAUCAGUCAGAGAAUGCUAAACCAGUUGAUGGAUUACAGUCUCGAUUGAUAGAUCAGCAUCGAUGGCCUAGUCGAAUGGGCAGUAAGGUAUCCUCUAGUUCAUUGAAUAAAAGUGUUGAUUUUACUGACAAAUCUGUUGGAAAUUCAGCAAUCCCCAGUCUGGGAAUUGGGUUGUCUUCAUUGAGGCGAACCCUUACAACUGAUAGUUUGGGGAACCCAUUAAAAAAGUCCGUUAGUGAUGCUGAUGCGAGGUUAUUAUCGCUUGAUGAAAUUGGAAGAGUAGGCUCUGAGGCGAAAUCAAUUGAUGACAGUUCAUUGCAGUUAUCUGGACUUCACAAGUUUGUUUCUCCUAGUUUAUCAGAUAGAACAAUGUUAGCUACCCCUGCUGCCAAAUCGCAGUCAUUGCCUACUACACGAUCUCGACCUGCAUCCCCAAGCAGGACCUCCGGAGUUGCGUCCUCUAUUGUAAAAGGGGUCAGUCCAUCUAGGACAAGACCAUUAACUCCUCCCUCUAGAGGAGUUAGUCCAUCUCGGAUAAGGCCAUCUAGUUCUUCUGGUCAGGCCUCAAAUUCAACUUCUGUGCUCAGUUUCAUAGCAGAUUUUAAGAAAGGAAGAAAGGGUGCAAGCUACAUAGAAGAUGCCCAUCAUCUACGGCUGAUAUACAAUAGAUUUUUGCAAUGGAGGUUUUCUAAUGCUCGAGCAGAGGCAAUUCUUUAUGUUCAGAAAGUUAAUGCAGAGAAAAGUAUGUACAACGUUUGGAAUACUACUCUAAGUUUAUGGGAUUCAAUAAUCAGGAAAAGAAUCAACCUCCAACAGCUGAAGCUAGAGCUUAAGUUGAAUUUGGUUUUGAAGGAGCAAAUGGGCUACCUUGAUGACUGGGGUUUGCUUGAAAGAGAGCAUAUCAAUUCUUUAUCUGGGGCUGUGGAUGACUUGGAAGCAAACACCCUGAGGCUUCCAGUGACCGGAGGAGCGACGGCCGAUAUUGAAUCUCUGAAGAUUGCUAUCUGCUCAGCUGUUGAUGUGAUGCAGGCUAUGGGGUCUUCCAUUUGCUCGUUACUUUCAAGGGUGGAGGGAAUCAACACUCUCGUCUCUGAACUUGCUGUUGUAGCUACACAAGAGAGAGCCAUGCUCAAUGAGUGUGAAGCAUUAUUGGCUUCAACGGCAGCCAAGCAGGUGGAGGAUUACAGCCUUAGGACUCAUCUUAUACAAAUGAAACAAGCCUUGGAGAAGGAUGUGAACUUUUUAGAGAUGAACGUACCUGCUUGACACUAACUAGCUGCUGCUGCUAUGGUAAGGUAACAAUUUACCAUGUCUGUCACUUAAAAUCAGAGAUGUGUGACGGUCGGUCUUCUCGGUGAAGUAAAUGUAAAUUGUUUCUCUCUUUUUUCUUUGUUUUGCUUCUUUCAUUCUUUUAUUUUCCUACUUCUAUGAUGUAAUUUUCGUACCAUUCAACUGGAAAGAAAAUGCAGAAGCAGCAAAGCAUAUUGAAUUUGAAAAUAGGAAGCACACAAUGUAGAGGAGGAAGGAAAGAAAAUUUAGGACUUCAUUUCUCUGUGUACGUAUGGAUGUCAGUUUUGUACGUGGAACUAGUCAUACUAACAUCUCCUGUGAUCUCUACGUUACACCUUUACAACUAUGCAAUUAGGCCAUAAAUUCGCAACUACUACUAUGGCCAUAAGUUUGCCAUUACUACUCUUGAUAAAUUCAUAGGUAAGGCGAUUAUGUGA